AUGGUACUCGAAGCGACUAUGAUAGUGUUGGAUAAUUCAGAAUGGAUGCGUAAUGGUGACUACACUCCUACUCGCCUGGAGGCACAGAAAGACGCAGUUAACUAUAUAUUCGGCACGAAAACCCAAUCAAACGCCGAAAAUACUGUUGGAAUGUUAACCAUGGCUGGCAAAAGUCCAGAAGUUCUCGUCACUCUAACUUCAGAUAUCGGUAAGAUUCUCACUGCACUGCAUAACACUAAAAUUGGUGGUCGUGCAAAUCUUACGACCGGCAUUCAAAUUGCGCAGCUUGCCCUCAAACAUAGACAAAACAAGACCCAACAUCAACGUAUCAUAGUAUUUGUGGGGAGUCCGAUUGAAGCUGACGAGAAGACUUUAGUGAAAUUGGGAAAGAAGAUGAGAAAGAACAGUGUCGCCAUGGACAUCAUUAACUUUGGUGAGGAAACUGAGAAUACCGAAAAAUUGAACGCAUUAAUAGCGGCAGUUAAUAAUGGUGAUAAUAG